AUGACGGCCGACACUCUUAGCCUCGAGGGAAAAGUCGCCAUCGUCACCGGCUCCGGCCGCGAAAAUGGCAUCGGCGCAGGCAUCGCCCUCGCCCUCGCCCGCAACGGUGCCUCUGUCGUCGUCAAUUACGUUUCCGACUCGACCAAGAACCGCGCUGCCAACGUCUGCGAAAGCUUGCGCAAGGCGGGCGGGCAGGCCAUCGCCGUGCAAGCUGCCGUGGACACGAUCGAAGGUGCCCGGGAUCUUGUCAACAAGACCCUCGAGGGUUUCAAGACGGACCACAUUGAUAUCUUAGUCAACAACGCCGGCACCGCGUUCUUCUCCCCAAUCACCGGCGAGCCGAACGUUGAAGAGUUGGCCAAGGUCUUCCAACUGAACGUACUUGGCCCCUUCUACAUGGUUAAUGGCGUUGUCCCACACAUGCCCCCUGGCGGCCGUAUUAUCAACAUCAGUUCCACCAAUGCCAAAAAGGGCAACGCGAAGAUUUCCACGUAUGCGGCGUCCAAGGCAGCUUUGGACAGUCUGACAUGGACUUGGGCCGAAGAGCUUGGCCGGAGCAAGGGCCUCACUGUCAACUCUGUAGCUCCUGGUCCGGUGUUGACGGACAUAUACCCAAAGGGACGUGAGGAAGAGCUCAUGGCCUCGGAGAUCGCCCUGACAAGGGCCGAAAACCGCGCCGGAACCCCCGAGGAUAUCGGUGAUGCUGUACUUCUCUUGGUCAACGAGAAAUCCAGAUGGAUCACUGGCCAGUACGUUGGCGUCAAUGGGGGACUCACAUACUAG